AUGUCUUUAUGCUAUAAUGGAUACAACGAAAGUCCGAAUACGUCAGGGCCUGAGGUGACGAUUUCUGGCGCCAAUUGCAUUCAAGAAAACUCAUUUAGUUUCGAUAAAAUAGCUCAGGUUUGCCUAGAACGUAUUAAUAUGUCAAAGUAUGUGAAGUCACUAGAAGCCAAUAUCGAAACCAGUAAUAAUGAUAUUCCAAAUGCUGAGAAUCUAGACAACCUAGCAGAAUUCACCAGAAAUUGCUCAGUGCGACUGGUUCGCAAUGAUUUAAACGCGUUGAGGGACUUAUUGUUUAAAAACUUGCACAAUCUGAAAUGUGACAUUUGUGAUAAGGUUUAUACUAGUGAAAAAAAGUUAAAAAAGCAUAAAGAAAAUAAGCAUUUGCUUGUGCAUGACGAGAAAUCUCUGAAGCGAGUCUCGUUUUCAGACAAAGUUAUAGUACAUGAAAUCAAUGAAUAUCACCGGUGUAGAAAGUGUUCAAAGAUAUUUGAACUAUAUUCAACUUUAAAAGUUCAUAUGAGGCGUGAACACAAAAAGCGUAAGUGCUACAUUUGUUAUUAUUGCACUAAGAAAUUUGUUGAUCGCAUGUUCUUUAAAGUACAUAUUAAACUACAUUGUGAUGUUUGUGGUUGUUUUAUGGCGAAUAAACACAAAUUGAUGGAACAUAAACACAAUGUCUGUAAAAUGGUCCAAGAAUACAAAUGUAAAAGAUGUGAGGAUAUAUAUUAUUCAUUACUGGCUCUGCAAGAUCAUAUGUCCAGUCAUGGCACAGCAUUUGUUUGUGAUAUUUGUAAAGAACAAUUUGAAAGUAAAUGCAGACUUGCUUACCAUAUUAAAUUCUUACAUUCAAAAUGUUUGAUGGACUUAUAUACAUUUAAUUUGGGGAGAUAUCAAUGUAACUUUUGCCAUGAGAGUGCGGUUGAACAAGAUAUAAUAGAAAAACAUGUUUUACAUCUUACAGAAUUAAAUAAAUCUCUAUCCCAGAGUAAGUUCACCUGCGAUUGCUGCAAAGCCAUAUUUUUGUCAGAAGCUAAAUUAUUCAAACAUAAAUUAACUCAUUACUUGGAUUUACCUGAAAAAGGGACUAAUUGUAAAUCGAAGAUUGAAUUUAAGUUUAAAGUAGGGGACCCAUUGCCAGAUCACUUUAAGCCUGAAGUAGUUUUAAAUAGAAUUCAAAUUCCUGAAAAAGUGGCAGAUGAACCACUGGAUUAUAUAGAAAUACCAAAUGGUUUGGAUGUGGAUCUUAAAAAGGCUCUUAUUGAUCCAAUAUCAAAGAAAACACUUUUAUCAAAAUAUCAAUGCACAAUCUGCACAAGGUACCUAUCAAAUAGCUAUGGUCUAAAACGCCACAUGGCAAGAGUACAUAAAGAUACAGUACAGAACUAUACAGAUGAUCUAAAAUGUUAUACGUGUGAAGAGGUGUUUGCGUGGCCAUCGCUACUACACACACACAAUUGCAUCCGGAAUAAUAUACCAGACCCACCAUUUAGUGAUGCGAGGCCAGAAAUUGAACUACAAGAGAGUGACGAUUAUUUUGAAAUCCCACCACCCAUUGUGGAAUUGACAGUUUAUGAAGAGUGCGUUAUUCGGCCAGAGAAAAUGUGUAAUAGUGGUUCAUACAAAAUUGUCAUGGAGGAAGUUCCUAUUGAAUUCUAA